AUGUUGAGGCACUUGCUCCCGAGGUUGUCGCAAUUUGUGAGCCAAGCUUCCGCAUCUGGAAGGUGGUAUCCACAGCCAACGUAAGGUUAUAAUUUAUUUUUUAUGGUCUUAGUGAGAAAAGCGCACCAAGUUUGUGUGAUGGGCAUUGGCUGUUACUUAUAGCCGCUUUAUUUUCAGAUCGUUUCGAUCACACAGCCAAUGCCCUGAACAAAGCGAUCUUCAGCAGAUGGUUCCAACAGCGAAAGAACUAGGGCUGCCUCGCGAAAAUGCAUUCCCCAUCUAUGCCAAGUCUCGUAAACCUGACGGGGCUGUCUAUAAAUUGAAAAAAGGGAAAGGAGGAGAACUUUUGGCUGACUAUAAUCUUUUUGUGGAUGCAAUAAAAAAAUGUGAGGUACACUGGAAUACUUACAACGCGAUGACUUCUGCCGAAAAAACUGUUUACAUGGCACAUUACAAAGCUGUACAAGACCGAAAACUUACUUACAUCGAUCCCCUAGACAAAAGCACCCACCGGACGGUUUCAUCGCUGCUAUAUGAUCAAAAAUGUUGUGGGGAGGGAUGUCGACAUUGCCCUUAUGGACUUGAAAAUUGUCAGGAUUCUGUUAGGAAAUCUCUUGUUUAUACUGGGUUCUAUUAUCUCUGAAUAAAGCUCUCAUUAGAAUUUGUAAACUUUUAGUUAUGAGUUAUCAAUCCACCGUUCUCGACCACCAAAUCCUGGAAUUCAUCGAAGAACUCGUUGUGUUGUUGUAGACAACUCGGCCAUUGGGAAGGAAGCGAAUAGCAGUGGCCGAUUGGCCUACUGUAUUCAUGUUUACAAGAAAGGUUACCGGCCAAAACAUAUGCCCCACGCAACAUUAGGUGACAAGGUCAGUAAAUGGAGAAAUUGAUAAUUUUGCAACCCUUACAGAUAUUGGUUGCCAUAAAAGGGGAGAUGAAGAAGGCUUAUGUUGUUGGGGCUAACACGCAUGUCAACUACAGAAAACAUGGAAUUCCUUCUACUGACACCAACAAUGUUGUUUUAUUGGUAGGUUUCUCAUCAAAUUCUUUAGUCAAUUUUUUAGGAUGACGAGGGAAAUCCUAUUGGCAAUAGGGUUUUGGCCCCGAUCCCUGGAACUCUGCUUAAGAAGAGGGAUAAUAUCGAGAUGGCCAAGAUUGUUUCGCUAGCCACAAGAUUUGUUUAG